AUGGACCGGUCUCAUCGAGACCACCCCGGCAGCCCGUCUCCUGCGGCCAGGCUCCAAGGGAGGCUGUCAACCAAACACGCGGACAAACUGGCAAGCUCCUUUACUCGCCUCCCAAUUGCAACAGGUUCUGUUAUAGUCGGUCCAUCCUCGUCGCCUUCUCCUUCGCCGUACCAGUCACCUUCUCGUUUCGUUGACAGGAACACUCCCUUUUCACGCCAUAACUCGCCGUCGAGAGCUCUAGCCAACCACCCGUCCGUUCCCCGAAGGAACCCCAGUACCAGUUCGUUGAGAGAGGAAAGAAGAGGGUCUACCCCGUCUCUCCAGAAAAGAUCAUCGGUCAGCUCACUACGAUCUGUUCAAAACUAUAGUAGAAAUGGCGUUACCCCCCAGCGACCCAGCCUAUCGCGACCCGCCUCUUCAAACUUCCUUUCUACCACCUCUUCUAGCAUGCGCCCCAAGUCCCCCUUAGCGGGCCCUGAUUCCCCGAUCCAGCCUUUGCUGCCAACCGCCUCCUCCAUCGCCAAUAGCCAUUUCAAGAAGGAGUUGGCUUUGCAUCAAUCCGCGGACCUGCACUCCAAAACUCUCGUCAUUGUACAAGAUGCCUGUUACGGACACAGGUUUUCGCGCCCAAGAACCUCCAAGGCCAGCUUGGAACAAAUUGUCGAACGCCCAGAGCGCUUACUUGCUAGUGUUCUGGGUGUAUCAACCGCAUAUAUUCGCAUGGGAAGGAGGUAUGAUGACGGCCAGUUUGCACCACAUCCGGACCUAGAUCUUCGGUCGCUUCCCAUCCCACCCUUUCAAGUCCGGAAGACGACGCGCACUAUGCCAAUUAAUUCCCCUGCGGUUACACAUGUCCAUGGAAUAAAAUGGAUGGAUGAACUACGAGUUAUGUGUUAUGCCGCCGAAUCUCGUCUUGCAUUGAAUGGAAAGGAGUUGGUUCGCCCCAGCAGUUCAGGGAAGGACAAUAAUAGCUCAUCAAGCCUACCAAAACUCCACGAGGGCGACCUGUAUUUGUGUUCGGAGUCCCUGAAUGCUUUUGAAGGUGCGUUGGGAGGAGUCUGCGAAGCGGUGGAUGUCGUGUUUGGGCCGACGUCGACCACUCGCGCUUUCGUGAGCAUUCGACCUCCCGGUCACCAUUGUUCAGCAGACUAUCCAUCCGGGUUUUGCUGGCUUAAUAAUGUUCAUGUUGGUAUCACUCAUGCUGCAAUGUCUCAUGGUCUCACUCAUGCUGCUAUCAUUGAUUUUGAUCUACACCACGGAGACGGAUCGCAGGAGAUUACUUGGGAGCAGAAUCGGAAGGCAAAAACCGCUUCGAAAAACGCCCCUCUGCACAAGAAGAUGACCAUCGGCUAUUACAGUCUGCAUGACAUUAACUCAUAUCCUUGUGAAAACGGCGACCUGAACAAAGUUCGUAAUGCUAGCCUUUGUAUCGACAACGCCCAUGGACAGUCUAUCUGGAACGUCCAUCUAGAACCCUGGAAAAGUUCGGCUAGCUUUUGGGAGCUGUAUAAUAAAAAAUAUACAAUUCUUCUUGAAAAGGCUCGAAAGUUUCUUCGUUCCCAUACCCUCCGUUUGUUAAAUUCACAAAAUCCGGCACCACCCAAGGCAGCAAUAUUCAUAUCAGCAGGUUUCGAUGCUAGUGAGUGGGAAGGAGUUGGUAUGCAACGACACAAGGUCAACGUACCCACGGACUUUUAUGCCAAGUUUACUUCAGAUAUUGUACGGAUGUCAGAAGAGGAAGGCCUAGGUGUUGAUGGGAGGGUUAUUAGUGUUCUGGAAGGGGGAUAUUCUGAUAGAGCUCUAAUCAGUGGUGUACUCAGUCAUCUCUCAGGGCUUGCGGACAGCCAGACCAGCAUUUAUGAAAAUGGAGACAACCGCCUCGCUGCUGAGAUGUUGGGCCGCCUUGGUUUGAAUGAUGUUCCCGAGGCGGUUUCAGAGGAAAGUUCUUCAUUUGAUACUGAAUGGUGGAAACUUCCUCUGCUAGAAGAAAUAGAACGUCUUGCAAACCCACUACCUCCAGCCCCAACUCGCAAAUCUCAUGAAAAAAGCCCUCCUACAUAUUGUUCUCCCACGCAGGCGUCAGCCGCCAAAAUCGUCAUCCCCUCGCGAGACCGCAGAUCAAUUUCAUCUCAGCUAAGUGCUGGUGACGGAGGCUACAUGCGCCCACCCCUCCCGGCCAUUGACUGGGCAACGGCGGCGUAUGAGAUGUCGAAAAUCCUCAUUCCUACGGACCGCCAGACAGUGAGCUUCCAGCACGCGGAGCUGAAGGCUGAGGGUGCUCGUACACGACCAGACCGGCACUCAACUUCGAAUAUUUCAGAAUUACAGCCUGUUGAUGACCGGAGAUCUAUGCAGUUGAGGGAGAGAAAACUAAAGUCACCCUCGCCGGAGCUACAAAUAGCCGGACGGUCUUCUCAAACUUCGCGACGAACCACCAUUGCAUCAAUCAGCGACCUACCCGAAACAUCUACCGUCACAUCUUCUGCAAGUAGCAACCAAAAUUUGAACCAUGUUUAUUCUCGGAAUUCACGACGACUAAGUGUAGCCUCGACCGUGGCAUCCACUAUCGGUGGAAACCCUAGUAAGGCCAGCGUGGAAGGAACUUCACCAACAUCUUCAAAUGGGGAUUGCGACCGCACGCUAAAUUCACGCCCAGGAACUUCAAACGGGAAGCCUGCGGAUUUGGUAACAGUUAAAAAAUCCCGAGUUACGGGUGUCCGGUCUAGUCCAAGAAAAGCGGCACCACCCCCACAAGCACGAGCGAUCGGUGGAAGCCCAAUUCCACCCUUCGAUUCAUCUUCUAUCAAUACGGAUACAGCAGAGCGUGAACUAACUAAACUUUCUGUCGGAAUUAAGAAAUUAAGCAUUAAACUUAAAGUUCCCAGCCCGGAAGAGCAUGCUGCCAGAGAAGAGGAGCGACUGAAAGUUAGCGCAAACAAAUUCACCUCCAGAAAGACUAGAAAGACCCAGGCACCCAAAAAGUCUGGAUCAAGAAGCACAAAAUCCAGCGCGAAGACACUACGUCCUGGCACCGCGUUGGGCGAGGCUUCUGCCCCUCCUGUUGUGCUAUCUGCUGCUUCGGGUCCUGUUAAGCAAGAAGCGGGUUCCCCUACGGCACUUGCAAACCCUGACAUUGAAAUGAUCCAUACCCCAGAUUUAACGACUACACCAUUCUCCGCCAAGUUGAAUAACGGGGCAGCUAUAUCUGGAUGGCCAUCCGAAUCAGGGAUGCAGCAGACUCAACAGAAGCCUUCAAAGCGCUUGUCGCCUGAUGGGACCUUCACACCUCAUAUUUCCCAUUCUCUCACUCCUCGAUCCCUCGGAAAUUCGCAGCAACCCCAAAUCACCGUCAAGCCACCGCCUACCUCGAGGGGCUAUAAGCCUGCUACCCAACAGCAACAGCAACAGCAACAGCAACAAACUACUAAUAUACAACUUCCUGUUUUCACGUCCACUUCCGCUAUACCUUUCGCUACUUCAUCCGCCGUUUCUAGCGCGGCCCCUCCAGGCCCACGCCAGGAAAAUCGUCGAGAGCAGUGA